CCUCGCCAUCCUGCAGGAGAUGUGCCUGGACAGCUGUGCUGGAAAACUGGUCCACUCCAACCACCGCCUCAUGAGUGCCUAUGUGGCGCUUAUGCCCUCCAUUGUGCAGCGCCGUGCCUCGGACUACGAGGCCAGUGCAGCCCAGGCGUCUGCAAAUUCUGCCAAGGAAGUAUCAGUGGCACCGCCUGCCCUCCCAGCCUCCUGACAUUGGCCACAUCUGUUCAGUGUCUGGUGGCGCUGGGGCUGAGACCGACGGCUGGCACUGAAGGCAGUAAGGGAGAAAACUAGUGCUGCGGUUCUGGCCAAGAGGGCUCUUAGCUGAACUCUUUUGUCUUAACAACAAAGCUCCUUUGGUGCUGCAGAGUUGGAGCUUUUCUACUGCUGGGAAGGUGUUUCCCGGUCCUAAUAAAAGAGUCAUCGCGAA